UCUUGUUCCUUGCUUGGUAACCCUUUUGUUGUUGUUGUUGUUGUUGUUGUUGUUUUUUCCUGAAUUGGGUCAUCAAAAAUAUUGGUUGGUUUUGGUUAUUUUAUUUGGUUGUUUGAUUCAGAUUUGUAUGGUGUAGGCACAAAGGUUUUGUGUUGCUUUAAAUUGUUUGGAGACUCUGUUUUGCUUCCUUUGAUUAUGAAUAUGUUUCUUCAUUUGGUUUCCUUUCUUGGGCAUUUAUUAUAUUAUUAAAUGGAAGAAAACUUCUGCUCAGUCGUUGAAUUAUUGGAAGGAAUGUAAUUGUACACUAUACUUUCCGGGUUUCCUAAAAGAUAGGCUUGAAGAAAUAAAUUCUUAUUCAAUUGACCUAUGACGUAUUCACUUUGAAUUCUUAAGUUUGGUUCUUUUGGAAAUUAUGGAACUGUGGGCAUAAUAUUAACUUUCCCUUUAGUUCAAAGUGCUUUUGAAAUUGUAUUAUAGAAAACAUUUUUAUCAACUUGUGCUGCUGUUUGUUGGUUUCCUAGUGGCAACUUUAGAGCAUGUUGAUAAAGUAUAAUGAUGCUGCUAGUCCUAGUCUCCUAGAGUGCUUGAAAGAUGCCUCCUUUGUGCAUCAAGCAUUUGUUCUAGUAUUUUUUUUCUUUAAUAUUUUAUUAUGACACCUUCACCCGUUAAGUUGCAGAAUGUAUGAUAAAAUGCUGAACCGAACGCACAAAACUCAUCUCAGAAUCUGCAAAGAUUGGAGUGUCCAAGCAACUGUGAGCUGCAUCCUGUCAGAGUCUUUUGGGAGCAGUAAUGUGUCCAUUGUUGCUGAAGAAGAUAUUCAAAAUCUUUCCAAGGCUAAGGCAGGUGGAGUAUUAGAAACUGUGGUGAAAACAGUAAAUGAAUGCCUAGCUGAAGCGCCUCGCUAUGGACUUAAAGGUCCGAAAAUGGCUCUUGGGACAACAGAGGUUCUUGAAGCCAUCAAUCGAUGCAACUCCAUUGGAGGGCCUGCUGGGAGAUUUUGGGCACUCGACCCUGUUGAUGGCACAUUGGGUUUUGUGCGAGGUGAUCAAUAUGCUAUAGCUCUGGCAUUAAUAGAGGAUGGAGAAGUAGUGCUUGGAGUUCUUGGCUGUCCUAAUUACCCAAUGAGGAAGGAAUGGCUCAACUAUCAUCACCGGUAUCAUAGAAUUAUAUCUAAGUUGACCCCAUCAACAUCAGAAUCAUGGGACAAGGGUUGUGUGAUUUAUGCUAGAAGAGGUAGUGGGGAGGCUUGGAUGCAACCACUGCUCCAUGUAAAUAAGAACUUAGUGUGGCCAAACUCUGCAAGACCUGUCCGAGUGUCCUCCAUUGAUAAUCCAUCAUUGGCAACCUUCUGUGAACCGGUUGAGAAGGCAAAUUCAAGUCAUUCCUUCACAGCAGGGCUAGCUCACAGUGUCGGGCUCAGGAAGCAGCCAUUGCGAGUAUACAGCAUGGUGAAGUACGCGGCUAUAGCUCGUGGGGAUGCCGAGAUUUUUAUGAAGUUUGCAAGGGCUGGCUACAAGGAGAAGAUUUGGGAUCAUGCAGCUGGUGUAGUUAUCAUACAAGAGGCUGGUGGUGUAGUUACAGAUGCUGGAGGGUGUCCACUGGACUUUUCAAAGGGCAUAUACUUAGAAGGUCUUGAUCGAGGUGUAAUUGCUAGCGCUGGAGCCAACCUACAUGACAAGAUCAUCAGGGCUGUUGAUGCUAGCUGGGACUCAUCUGCUCUGUAACUUAUAACAAAGGCUCUGCUCUGCUAUGUUGCCUAUCUCUUUCUCUCUCUCUCUCUCUAGCAACUGCUUCUUGGGCUGCAAUUACAUGAAACUGCUUUCAUUUGUGUUCGGGCAAGGCCCAUCUGGAAGCCCUGUAAAUAAUGGAAUUGAAACCCAGUUGACGUAUGGAUUUAAAACACCAUGCAAACCCAUAGACAAAGUAAAAAUGGGCAUUGGCUUUCUGGAGGGAGCAAAAUAAAAGGAUGAAAAAUAAGAAGCACAGAACAGAAAACAAAAAGGAUAACGUUGAA